AUGUCUCUGUUUGGUGGUGGUGGUGCCACUGGCGGCGGCUCGCUCUUUGGUCAGAAUAACCAAAAUCAGCAGCAAGCAAACAACGCGCCCUCGACUCCGACACCCGGCGGCGGCCUGUUUGGCGGGCUGGGCCAGAACAGGCCUGCCACCGGAGGUGGGCUUUUCGGCCAGAAUGCCCAGACGCAGCAAGCUCCAGCUGCAGGCACAACUACUAGUGUUUUUGGACAACCUGCGCAGAACCAGCCGCAGCAGACAGGCACGACGGGCGGUCUCUUUGCUCAGAACGCGCAGAACCAAACACAGCAGACUGGAACGACUGGCGGCGGAAUGUUUGGUCAAAACAACCAGGCCCAGGCACAAGGCGCGAGUGGCGGUGGGAUCUUUGGCCAGAAUAAUCAGACUCAAGCACAAGGCACCGGCGGCGGCGGAAUGUUCGGCCAGAACAAUCAGGCUCAGACCCAGCAGACUGGGCCAACAGGCGGAGGUCUUUUCGGCGGCGCGCAGAAUCAGCAGCCCUCGACCGGCGGUGGCAUGUUUGGCCAAUCGACACAAAACCAGGCGACGAAGCCAUCUCUCUUUGGUGGCCAACAGCAACAGCAGCAACAGCAGCAGCAGCCCACUGCAUCUGGCUUUGGCGGCAGCACGCUCAUCAACCCAGCGCAAAACAACUCCCAAAAUGCCGCGACAACAUCAUCGCAGCCUGCAGGCGCGUAUUUUGAUAGUCUCUUUGCCAAGACGCAAAAGGCUGGCCAGAACACUUCCAACAUGGAAGACCUUCCAAGCCUCGAACUUGGUCUUGGCGAUCUCCGCCACCGUUUACGCAAACUCCAGUCCAAACCUAACGAGAAACCUCUGGAAGGCAAGGCACACUACCUGCUUGCUGCUGCAGGUGUCAACCCCGGUGCUGCGGCCAAGGAUCUGGGACUUUUAGACGUGCAGGGACGUCACGAACGUACCGUGCAUGGUGGCUAUGCUCCGACCGAAAUCGAUGUCGAAACCUACCUCUCGAAUCUGCAAACCAAGACGACUUUAAGCAUGAUUUCAGACGGACUAGAACGAUCGGUUCGCGACUUUGAUGACUUUCUCGAGGAUAAUGUGGCUAUGGAAUGGGAUGCGCAGCGCAAACGCAUCUACGACCACUUUGGCAUCAAACCUCGUGAGACUGGAACUGCUGGUCGCGAAAGCCAGGGCGGUUUUGGCCGCUCCCGACGUAGCAAAGCGCAGAGUGGUACUGGCAGGGCCUCUCGGGGCUCUGUACUUGCAAAUUCCACUCUGCAUCGAUCCGUUAUUGGUGCCCCCAGCCGCAUUGGAAUGCAUGAAUCCGAGUUCACGGAUGUCGACCCAGCGGCAGAAGCCAAGAAGAGGGGUGGUCUGGAAGAUCGUGCCGUGCGUGAAAGACAGCUUAAGCUCUCGGACAAGGUUCGCAACUUGAAUAUGUACCGUCUGGACAACCGCCCAUACCCCAUUUUACACGAAUUCUGUCAGAUCGAGGAAAAGUCGCACGAAUCUCACGCGUUCCAUGUGGCCGAGGCAUACCGUGCCAUGAUCGAAGUUGUCGGAGAGGAGCCCGCCAUUUCUCCCCUUGGCUACAGCGCAACAAAGGAGCGCCAUUUUGCCGGCAUGUAUCUGGAUGAAAACCCUAACUCUGCCAAGUCUGUUGAGAUGAAGAAGAAAAUCCUCCGUGGCGCAAAUGCAUUUUUGGAGAAGCAAUUCAUUCGAGAGGUCGAAAGUCUCAUUGCGAAGCAUCCCCACGAGGCGAAGCUCGGCGGUCUUCCAGAUAUCACCAGCAAGAUCAAGGCAUACAUUCGCCUGCGCUCGGCCCGAAAAGACUUGGUGCCCGACAACACUGAGCUGCAACAAGUUCAGGGCGAGUUCGUUUGGGCGAUAGUCUUUUACCUCAUACGGUCUGGCAACGUCAGCGAAGCCGCCAAGUAUGUCAACGAUAAUAGCAACCACUUCAGAGGAAUCGACAGGACAUUCUCAACAUAUCUCAACAACUAUGCUGCCAGCGAGGAUCGCAGAAUUACUAACAGAAAGCUGCUCGAGCGCUGUACGAACGAAUACGUCCAGCGAUACCGCAAUGCCCCCGAUAACUCGAUUGAUCCGUUCCGUAUGGCUUGCUAUAAAGUCAUUGGCAGAAUCGAACUUGCCAACCGCGAUCUCAAUGGCUUCAACACUGACAUCAAUGACUGGAUCUGGCUGCAGUUCAACCUUGCUCGCGAGGGCGACAAGACUGUGGAGAUGGCUGGCGAGUCCUAUGGUCUGGCAGAACUGCAAACCAGCAUUCGGGAAAUUGGUCUCAAGCACUUCCCCAAAUCUGUCUCCGACGACAACAACAGCGGUAGCUUCGGCAUGUUUUUCUACCUCCAAAUUCUUUCGGGCCUGUUUGAAGAUGCCAUCGGCUACCUGUACUCUUUCUCUUACAUCGACGCGGUUCACUUUGGUAUCGCCCUUGAAUACUACGGCCUUUUGCGGCCCAGUGACCCGAUGUCGGCACCAAACGAUCUUCGCAGUCACAGCAGCAAGAAUCUACCUCAGAUCAACUUUGGCAGAAUGAUUGGAUAUUACACUCGUGACUUCCGCGCGGCCGACGUUGUUUCGGCUGUUGACUACCUAACGCUGGUCUGCCUCAACCAGGACUUGGGCGGCGAGGCUGGUCGAAGGCAGAGCAGCCUGUGCCACGAAGCUCUGCGUGAACUGGUACUCGAGACGCGUGAGUUCAGCAAACUUAUCGGCGACAUUCGCUCAGACGGCCAGCGCAUCCAAGGUAUUAUCGAGAUCCGCGGCCCUCUGAUUGGUCUGAGCGACCAGGACGACUUUGUCAACACUGUCACGCUGCAGGCUGCUAGCUUUGCCGACGAGAACGGAAGGACUACCGACUCUGUACUGCUGUAUCACCUAGCCGGCGAGUACGACGCUGUCGUUGUGAUUGUUAGCCGCGCUAUUAGCGAAGCUAUCUCUCUUGAGAUUGGCGAGGAUCCCAUGCGCUUGAUGCCUGUCAAGCCCAGAGCUGGCGGCAACGAUGCGGAUGCCCAGCAAGUUGGCAGCUUGAGCUUGGCUUCCAUUGACGAUCCUAUUGAGCUUGCCAGGACCAUGAUGUACAUGUACGAGAAAGACGCCAUGUUCUACCGCAAAAUUGCAGACACCAACCAGAUGGCCUGCCGAGUCUUGUUGGAAAUGAGCAGUAUCAAGAACCUCGUCGAGACCAGCCAAUGGGCGCAAUGCCUUGAUAGAAUCCGCAGCCUCGAGAUUCUGCCGCUUGAUGCCGGCGGCGACGCGAGUACCAUUCGUGCCUACGCGUCGAAAUUCUCCGCGCUCCCACAACCCGUCUCCAUCAACGUACCAAACCUGCUGAUGUGGACGAUCAUGUGCUGCGUGCGACAGCGUGGGCAGCUCGGUAACGGCCAGUUCAGCGGCAAUGAAGGCACACGCCGGUUGAUGGUGGAUCAGCUCAAACAGAUGACGCUUGAUCUGACAACCUACACCAGCCAGUUGCGUUACCGCUUCCCGCCGCAUCUCCAUGAGGCACUGGCGAGGGCGUCGGCGGAGUGA